CCGGAUAUCCGUCGAGUGACCCUUACUAGUCCUUCUUAAACCUGAAGUGGAGUAGCUACCCUGGUUGCGCUUGUUGGAUCCCAAACCGGCUCCGGACAUGGGACUAGAGGACGAACGAAAGAUGCUCACUGGAUCCGGAGACCCCAAAGAGGAAGAAGAGGAAGAAUUAGUGGACCCCCUAACAACAGUGAGAGAGCACUGUGAACAGCUGGAGAAGUGUGUAAAGGCCCGGGAACGACUAGAGUUGUGUGAUAAUCGCGUGUCUUCCCGAUCACAGACAGAAGAGGAUUGUACAGAGGAGCUCUUUGACUUCUUGCAUGCACGGGACCACUGUGUGGCCCACAAGCUCUUUAAAAACUUGAAGUAAAUGUGCAGAUUCGUCCUCCUCAGCCUUGUCACUGGGAAUCAGGAACAGUUCCUUGUGGUUCUGGACAUCUGUGUCUAAUGUAGUGAGUUCUUGAGAACCUCACUGACUUUGGCAGUAGCUUCUCUUCUGUGUAACUAGCAGUGACUUCAUCUUAAUAAACUGAUCUGCAAACUUG